AUGGUUCGGUUCCGCGUGCCUCCGAAACGAGCCAGAGCAUCAGUCCGUAGCGACGCGUCCCCGGCGCAAGUCGCUGUCAUGACUUUCGUUCUGUUUUGUGGUUUUCGGCCGAGUGCCGUGGUGCAUUAUGGAUUCACGGUCCUGUGUCUGCUCUUUGUUCUUCUGGUGUCGUGUCCAGUUCGCUGCCAGGAGACACUGACAAAUCGGAUGCGUGUGAUCAGCGAGGAUCUGGACCGGCAGCUGAAUGAUAUCAUGGCAUCGCAGAGUCUCAACUACACGACAAUGAACACGACCAAGCUGCUCUACAACGCCACCACGAAGUUCAACCCCAAGGGCAUGGGCCAGCUGUACAACGUGACCAACAUGUUCAUCGACUUCGUGCAGAGCAAGCAAGCAUAUCCCGAGGGAAUGUUCACUGUCGUGGACGGAACGCCGACCUUUCAGUACACCUUGUCCUCGUGGAAGAUCAUCGCCACGCAUUACGGUGGAUUAGCCGGUCUAACCUUGGUCGGACUCCUCCUAGCCGCCAUUUUACCUUGCGUGGGCUUUUUAUUCUGUUGCUGCAGGUGUGCUGGCCAUUGCGGUGCCAGGAAUCAACCGUUCGAUAAGAAACACGAUCAUUGUAGGAAAGUGAUGCUGAGCAUGGUGCUCAUGGCGGUCGCUACCAUUAUACUGUUCGGCGUGGUCUGCGCCUUCGUGACGAACGAGUACAUGCAAGACGGGACCAAGGAGUUUCCUCAUAACAUGAGGGUCAGCCUGAAAGACGUGAAACUGUAUCUGAGCAGCACGAAGGAGGAGAUCAAUUACAGCCUCAAGACUAAUUUCGACGAGCUGGAGAUUAAUCUGAACAACAUCCUCCAGGCCAGCGGCAGAAUUGUCACUGAACAACUCGCAGAGUACUCCCACGCGGUCUCGUUGACUAAUCUAAGCGACAUUGUGGCUAGCUUGGAGUCCAUUAAGGAGGAUCUCAAGAUCAUGCAUACGAUCACUCGCGAUCUAAGGACGAAUGCUAGCAAGCUGGACAUCGUUGUACGAGGCGUUAAGAACAAUCUGCUCCACACUCUCGCUGCUUGCAAGAGCCGAUAUUGCGAGGAGGUGCUGCACAUUUUCAACGUGAAUCAGAUGUCGGUUCAAGUAGACUUCGACAAGUACAUGGACCGAUACUUCCCCAAGUUGCCAAACGUCACGUCCGCCCUGCGCAAUAUCACCAUGCUGUUGGAGAGCAACAUCGUGUCGGAGGUGAGCCAGGGUAAGGAGUCGUUCCUGAAGAUUCAGGAGGACAUCCAACACGCCGUGAAUCAGACCAUUCCCAUGGUCAGCGCGAGCAUCGGGAGAGCCGGGGACUUUCUGGGGAUUCUCGCGAAGAACAUGACAAUGCUCAUCGAUAGGAUAAACGGCGACAUAGACAAGUCGUACAUGAAAGACCUGGAUGUCGCGCAAUCGCAUAUCGAUCAGUAUUCGCCGUACAGGUACUAUCUUGGUCUUGGAAUAUCCGGGAUUCUGUUAAUGAUCUUCAUAUGUCUAACCUUCGGCCUCUUCUGUGGCAUUUAUGGCAAGCGUCCAGACGGUUAUGGAGACGACUGCUGCAACAAGGGGUCUGGAGCACGAUUUCUUAUGAUGGCUGUUUGGAACAUCUUUCUUUUAACGAGCGUUCUGAUGGUGAUCACCGUGGUGCACAUGAUCGUCGGCGUUCUGGUGCAGAGAGCAGUUUGUGAGCCGUUAAAGAAUCCGCAGGAUAACAGGAUGUUUGCCUUGGUCGACGAAGUCGUUCAGAUCAAGAAGAUGCUGUACCCUGACAACCCUAAUGCCGAUAUCAAUAUGAGCUAUAUAGUCACACACUGUCAUCGGAACGAAACGCUGUAUAAAGUACUGAAGCUGGAAAACAUCUUCGACGUGGGCACCUUGCGCGAGUAUGCCGGCCGAUACGACAUAAACAACACUAUUCAGCAGUUGCGUCGCAAGAUCAGUCUUUCACCGGGCGUAGUCAUCCUGAGGAACAGCGCGAAAUCGAAACUGCACGAUCUCGCGCGAAGCGGCCUCAGUGAUAUCAAGUUCUAUCAAUACAUGGAGAUUCUCGAGGAUAAUAUCACGAACAUUAAUCUGCUACAUCUAGCGCACGAAUUGUUCAUUAUAGCGAGUAAGCUGGGCGACGAUGGACAAGAGGACAUUCGUCACAGUGUGCAGAAUAACCGGAUUGAGUUAGAACAUAUUCAUCACCAGUUGGUGAGACCUAUGGCAAUGCUCAGUGAACAAUUAGUCGCGAGAGCUAUGGCGCUCGAGGAAAAGAUAAGGUUUAACCACAGUUCCAUGGCGGAAGCCAUUCACAAUCUCGUGGACGAAGUGACAAAGGCGCAGCAGUUCUUGAAUAAAGACGGGCCAGAAUUCGUACAGCAACUGGCAACCAAAUUCGGAAACGCUUUCCUGCGUCAAGUCGACGAUUUCCUCGAUCAAGUUACCGAUAGUGCGCUGUUCAAGGUAGGAAAAUGUGGUCCCGUUUCGAAUGCAUAUGACGCCGCACUGGUCGCAGGAUGCAACAAGAUCUUAGACCCAUUUAAUGGUUUCUGGGUGAGCGUGGGCUGGUGUUUAAUCCUCUUCAUCCCGACCAUCGUGUUGUGCGUGAAACUGAGCGCGCUGUACCAGAAAUCGGAUCCCUAUCCUGGACCUCUAGUCGAAGCUGAAUAUUUGUAUGACGCGUACGCAGACAGGGAUAACAUACCCCUUACUCAUGUUCACGACAAGAAAUACGUGUCACAUAGCAGAGACCCUUACGCAAAGUACGAAAGCUACGAUGGUCCCGCGGGUGGAUACAGUGAACGGGAAAAAGGGCCGGGAGCGCACCAGAGCACGUCCCACUCCCAUCACUAUUCCAGAUACUCUGACGUGGCGCCGAAUUCCACCCCCACGUGGCGAAGCCACGAACAUACCGCCCCUUCCAAAACUGAACCUCACAAUAAAGUCUUUAGCAUAUCGGUAGAAACGCAAAAUUGUGACUUCCCUAAUGGUGGUCCUCCUGGAUACCAGCCAGCUGCAGCGGCUCCACCUCCGCUAAGCACGGAAUACGAGCGACCACCUCCCUAUUAUUAUUAUCCUGGGCCAGGGGACACAAAUUAGGAAACAAGUGCCGUGGCAUGCACAAAGGUAGCGCUGAGUAGCGUGGCUACACACAGUCUCACCCGCAGUUACAAAAGGACGCUCAGAAGGAAAGAGAAAUCCGGAUGCAAGCGAGACUACGUUUAAUUGUAGCGUUCCUGUUUGAGCGUGCCACGGACCGUGCGAACGGCGAAAUUAAUUAAAGACCAAGUUUGAUACAGACUGAGGUAGGCUAAAUGGAUCCUUCGGCGAGCUGCAAGUAGUGUGAUCAAUGUGUGCGAUUCGUUUCGUUUAGUAUUAUUUCUAGACAUCGUGCUUAUCGCGAGAGCAAUGUUGCGUUGUGCCGAAUACCGUUUUCCCUUUUCUUUUUCUUCGCGAUGAUUUUCUUUCAUUUUCAACAGCGCUUCAACAUUUAUCGUUACCUUUUCUGUCUGUACUAUUUGUCCGUUUCCCUCCUUUUGUAAAUUACGAGACGAUCUGUAAUGAUGCGAUGAUUUACAUCGUUUGUGCUAUGUUAAUCGUUGGACAAUCGACUUUUAAUACGACUGAUAUCGUUUACCACCGUUUACUUCGACGUUCAAUAUUUCUUCCAUCAAAUGCCAUCGUGACCAAGGUCUCCUCUAUCAUCAUCCAUCGACUCGUCUUCGAGAUUUGCGGUUGUUACUCCGAACUUUGAAUCCUGAUUCUCGAAGACGCGUCGAUUAUCUUCUCAUUGUUGCUCGAGAGGCAUUUCGAAGCUUUGCAAGGAAAUUUUUCUGUGAAACCCUUAGUUUUCCUCUGGCAUUUAGUUCCUAAUACACAACACACAGGAUUGAAAUCAUCGUCUGCAUUAACCAGUAUUAAUGAAAGUUCAUUAUCGUGCCUCCCUUGUUGACCCACUGCCGUACGCUUCUCUUUCACCGAACACACAGCGAUCUGCCUCUGUUCGGGAAGUAGCGAACGUGUAUAUAACAUUCAGCCGCUUGUGUCUUAUGAAUUUUCAUCGUCUUUUACGUGAAUUGCCUACCAAGGAACAACAACUAAGUACACAGAAUGACUAUGAUGACAAUGGCUCCGCGCCAACACGUCGGCGAGCCGUCGUUAAAAAGGAACACGUGCGAUCGAUUCGAACACGUAUCAGCGUUUCUGCGUUUGCUGUAUAGAAGUUAGGGAAAUUUCCUCGAUCCUUCGCAUAGGAACCAAUCGAUCACACUUCGAAUUUACUUGUUAUCGUAUCGAGCACGAGAUUUCUCUUCGAUGCGACUUUGAAUCUAUGUACUCGCGAAAUAUUAUAUUCAUUUCACCACCGAACUAUGUUCGAUCGUGCACAUCGAGGGAGUUAGCAUCGAAUACCACGGUGGAAACAUCGAGGUCCGUUCACGAAAUUAGGUUCACUUGGAACGAGACUGCCAUUCUGAACGACAUUGCGCAAGUGAUGAAGCACCGGGUUUUCGAAUCACGUCGAUCGCACAGUUUCCAUGAAUUAUUCGCGAAGAUCCUCGGUGCGAGGUUGAUACCUGACCAACGAUUUUUCGCGAUCUCGAGCACUCAACAACGCCAUAUUUAAAUGCCAAACGACAUUCUUUAACGUGGACCGUGGAGUUCGGACGUGCACGGUGCUGGUUGGAACUCGACGGUCCAUUUGUCCUCGAUCUUGCUGGAUCGUUCGUAGAUAUAAGAAAAUCCAGAGACCAGCUUCCGUCACGCCACGUACCGGAAACCAUCGGCUUCCUCUCGGUGACGGAAGUUCGUUUCGCCGCAAGAUCGUCGCUACAAAAUAUUCUAUGUACAUGGUUCUUUAAGUAGACGUUUUUUCUUACUAUUAACUUUACCCUGUAAUUUACCGAUCUAAGCUCCUAGAGGGAUAUUUCCGAGUCGCAUAGAAGUUGUACGUUUAUGCUGUGUCUACGCGACGCGCGAAUAUCUCGGUGAACAGAUGCAACAUCCGUACAGUAUUUCGAUGUAAAGAGCGAAUGUUUUAAGAACGGCGAGGAGGUGCGUUUCGCGCAGGCUUAUUCUUUGUAUGUUACAGACUGCUUAGGAAACGUUGCAACCUCCCGUCAUUUGAAAGUCUUUUGGAAGCUGUAAUGCGAUUAGGGAACUGACUCCUUGCAGUCCGGUGACUACGUUUCAUCUAGGAAUAUAAGGCAAGCGGGAAAUAUGUCGAACAUCUAGUUUUUAAACCGAAAAUUAAUGUACAAGCUCAGUCUACAGACGACUGCAACGGGUUAAGGGGAUGUUAAGCGUUCCGAAUUUUCAAUUUAGAUACCUUUUAGGAAUUGAAGUACCGAUUGGUACAAGUUCACGGGAGGUAGGGCACGGAUCUGAAUUGGACUUGUACCAGUCGACGUCCGUAUCUCGUUCGUAGAUCGAAGUUCGAUGGUGUUUCGAAGUGCUUCUCAUCGGACUCCAGUGAUCCAAUAAGUUGCUGUACAGCGAGGAAGCAUCGGGAUGUUGCAUUAUCCGUAGAGAACCUGUUUCACAUAAUCGUUGCCAUUGCGAGCAGCGAAUUUUAACGUUAACAUUGUACGGUAGAUUACGCCGCCCAUGCAACGGUCACUGAUCGAUCGUUCGCAGACUGCCAAAAAA